AUGGAGUCUGUCACAAAGGCUGCCGGGAUGUUGAACAGGACUUAUUCUGGGAUGCUGUGCAUGCAUGAUGCCUCUGGACCCGGCGAGAGGUCCCUGCUCAUGUUUGUUUCAUGUGGAAGAUCAUUCAUAGGCCACGUUGACCUUUACUGCGCACACUCUGCACCUGGUAACGCCUUGAAAAACAGCUCAGGAGGAUUAUCAGAGAGGGAGGCUUUUUCUCACCCGACAAGAAAUAACUCCCGAGCCGAGACGGGGAUCCCUCCGAGUGCCACCUGCGGUGGGCGGAGGACCAGGCGGAUGGACGAGGACGAGGCCAAUUUGCCAUGGAAACAGCCGCCCAAUCAGUUGGGACCGAAGGGAGUGAGUCCAGAGAGAAGGGAGACGGCAGGAUUUAGUGGAGAGGAGUCUUGGAUGUGGGCCGACCCGGUGGAAAGGAACCAGGGAAGCCUGUUGAGAAUGGAGCUGACCGGCCGAGAAAGCUGGGAAUCGGUGCGCUCCGAGGAAUGGUCGGACGCGGCGGAGGCCAGACCGGGGAUCUCCAGUCCCCCGAGUGAAGAGGUGCUGUCCGGCACCGAGUCGGUGGGGACAAGGGGCGGGGAGAUGACGGUCUCCGCGGGCGGGGCGCGGGCGGAUCUUGAGGUCUGGAGGCGGGGAGAGAGGCGGGGAGAGAGGGAUCAAGCUGAAAGGAAAGGCAAGCGGCAGGCGAGCCAGACUAGAAAGGACCAGGGGAAGCACGGAGAGACUAGAAGGCCGAACGACAAGUACGAGGAGAAGUGCUGGGAAGGAUCCAAGCAGGACUUUCGAGACAGGGACGUGAAGUGGGGGGUCAAAGGCGAAGAGGAGGUAGUGAGGCCCAAGGUCAAGGGGAAGUACCAGCUGAAGAAGCAAAACUGGCAGAGGAAGCCGAGUCUGGUGGACACCCGGGAGGAGGUCGAGGCUUGCAAAGAGGAGAGGGACUCAGACUUGAAGACCUCGGAAUCGUGGAAACGAUACAGGCGGCCCACGAUCAGAUUCAGCAUCUGCCCUACAACUUCUUGUGUCCAGUCUAAGUCGUCUGUCGCUCGCGGCACCUCGGCCGUCAGCGUCGUUAACGAGCUGGCGAAGAUGGGCGACCCAGAUGUCUUGGAAAUGGUGGUGGCGGAAGGUAGGAGUCCGCGGAGCGCGCGGGGGGCGGGCCAGGCGAGUGUGCGGACCCCGCCACGCCCGGUGCAGGUACGGCGGGGAACGUUGGCGUCCUGCGACUCGUGUCCCGGGAACGUUCGCGGCCCGGCGCGCCCUCCGCGAGGCUGGGGGCCGCAGGACGGAAGCCUCUGCCGUGGGUGGAGAGGGGAAUGUCGGCGCUCUGCCUCUCCCUCUGCGGCUCCCGCGCACCCUGGGCCUGGGCUGUGCGCCCCCUGCGGUUCCGGGGACCACCCUCCUGGCUCCUCUGUGUGUAUUGUCCCGAGGCGAGGCGGAUGCCCUGGGCAGGAGCGCUGCAGCGCUGCGGCUUCUGAACCCAGGCACCUGCAUGGGAGGGUCUCCCAAAGAGAACUGCCAUUUAGGUUUAAAAAAUGUCUACAAAGCAAGGAUUCUAUCUUCUUUCGAGAUGGGGUUAGACAAAUUGAUUUUGUGCUUUCCUAUGUUGAUGACAUAAAGAAAGAAGGAGACAUAAAGGUGGAAAGAAGAAGAGAGUUUGAAAUAAAUCUCAGAAAAACAGGUCUUGAGUUGGAAACUGAAGACAAAAGGGACUCUGAAGAUGGAAAAACUUACUUUGUCAAGAUCCAUGCCCCUUGGGAGGUAUUAAUUACCUAUGCUGAAGUGUUGGGAAUGAAAAUGCCCAUUAGGGAGAGUGAUAUACCCCCACCUGAUGCAAACCCCUUUAGCUGUGUCCUUGGGCCUCUGAAGCUCAAAAAGGCUGUGAAGCACCCUCAUCCUGAAUAUUUCACUGCCCAAUUCACCAGACAUCGGCAGGAGCUCUUCCUCAUUGAAGACGAGUCAACCUUCUUUCCGACCUCAGCAAGGAACAGAAUUGUUUACUAUAUUCUCUCACGGUGUCCUUUUGGCACAGAAGAGGGGAAGAAAAGGUUUGGGAUUGAAAGACUACUAAAUUCUAAAACUUACUCAUCUGCCUUCCCACUCCAUGAUGGCCAAUAUUGGAAGCCAUCAGAACCUCCCAGUCCUGUCAAUGAAAGAUACAUACUUCACAAGAACUGGGCUCGGUUUUCCUAUUUUUACAAGGAGCAGCCUUUAAAUUUGAUUAGGAGAUAUUAUGGAGAAAAAAUUGGCAUCUAUUUUGUCUUUCUUGGAUUUUAUACAGAAAUGCUGUCCUAUGCAGCUGUAGUUGGCUUAGCUUGUUUUAUUUACGGCUUAUUAUCAAUGGAAGGUGACUCAAGCAGCCGUGAAAUCUGUGACCCUGAAAUUGGAGGUCAGAUCCUCAUGUGCCCACUCUGUGACCAACUGUGUGAUUACUGGAGACUGAAUACUACGUGUUUGGCCUCAAAGUUCUCCCAUUUAUUCGACAAUGAGUCAACAGUGUUCUUUGCAAUAUUCAUGGGAAUUUGGGUCACACUAUUUUUGGAGUUUUGGAAACAGCGACAAGCCAAGCUGGAAUAUGAGUGGGACAUGGUAGACUUUGAAGAGGAACAGCAGCAGCUUCAGCUGAGACCUGAGUUUGAAGCCAUGUGUAAACACAGGAAAUUGAACGCAGUGACUAAGGAGAUGGAACCUCACAUGCCUCUAUGUAGCCGUAUUCCAUGGUACUUGCUCUCAGGAGCCACAGUGGCAUUAUGGAUGUCUCUUGUCAUCGCCUGUAUGGUAGCUGUGAUUGUGUACCGCCUGUCAGUCUAUGCUACAUUUGCUACCGUAAUGGAAUCUGAAGCAACCUUAGAGCCUGUCAGAAGUAUCCUUACUCCCCAGCUGACCACCUCACUCACAGGAUCAUGCUUGAAUUUUAUUGUCAUCUUAAUCUUGAAUUUCUUUUAUGAAAAAAUAUCUGCCUGGAUCACAAAAAUGGAAAUUCCUCGAACUUACCAGGAGUAUGAGAGCAGCCUUACCUUGAAAAUGUUCCUAUUUCAGUUUGUAAAUUAUUACUCUUCCAUCUUCUACGUGGCUUUCUUUAAAGGGAAGAUUGUGGGUUAUCCUGGAAAAUACACGUACAUGUUUAACAUUUGGAGAAGUGAAGAGUGUGAUCCUGCAGGCUGCCUAAUAGAAUUGACGACUCAGUUGACCAUCAUAAUGUUUGGGAAACAGAUAUUUGGAAACGUUAAAGAAGCCAUUUAUCCCCUUGCAUUGAAUUGGUGGAGACGCCGAAAAACUCGGACCAACUCUGAGAAGUUGUACAGUCGCUGGGAGCAGGAUCAUGACCUGGAAUCUUUUGGAAACCUUGGUCUAUUCUAUGAGUACUUAGAAACAGUUAUCCAAUUUGGAUUUGUUACAUUAUUUGUGGCUUCUUUUCCUCUGGCUCCUCUUCUUGCUCUUCUGAACAAUAUUAUAGAGAUUCGAGUUGAUGCCUGGAAACUUACUACUCAGUACAGGAGACCUGUAGCUUCCAAAGCUCAUAGCAUAGGAGUUUGGCAAGACAUUCUUUAUGGAAUGGCUGUCCUUUCCGUCGCAACUAAUGCCUUCAUUGUAGCAUUUACAUCGGACAUCAUUCCCCGUUUAGUUUACUUCUAUGCCUACUCAACAAAUGCCACGGAUCCUUUGAAAGGAUAUAUCAAUAACAGCCUGUCAGUAUUCCUGAUAGCUGAUUUUACAAACCGCACUGCGCCCGCGGAGAAACGAGGCAUCCUCACUUGCAGGUACAGAGAUUACAGAUACCCUCCUGAGCACGAAUCAAAGUAUUCUCCUAAUAUGCAAUUCUGGCAUGUCCUUGCCGCCAAGAUGACCUUCAUCAUAGUUAUGGAACACGUUGUGUUUUUAGUUAAAUUUUUGUUGGCAUGGAUGAUCCCUGAUGUUCCCAAAGAUGUUGUCGAGAGAAUCAAGCGAGAAAAGUUAAUGACUGUCAAGAUCCUUCACGACUUUGAGCUCAAUAAAUUAAAAGAGAACUUGAGACUUAAUUCUGAUCUUUUCGCCAAGGAAGUCAUGAUCCAGGAAAACAAAGUACAGCUGGCUAAAUCAACAAUGUAAUCAGCAUAACAAGCAAACAGCUGGUUGCCUGCCUCACUUCACUUUUUUCUCUGGGUUUAGGGCCAGGGGCCAGAAGCCAUGGUCAAUUUUAACUCUUCUUCUUUUUGUUUUUUUCUAACUCAAAGUUUUUGUACACUUUUAUAGAAGCCAACUUUGUAAUGUUGGAAGAGUACCACUUGUUUGUUUCAUUGGCUGAGCCUUCCAGAUAUUGUUUACUAGAUUCUGUAAAUGAUUGUUAAAAGUGAAUAUGGAAGCAGAAUGUUGGAAAAUCAUGGGAUGUUGCAGUUUAGAGUGGAAUACUGGACUUGGGCUAUCCCAUCACCCUCCAGUGCAUCUGCAUAUUUUCAUGGUAUUCUAUUGAGUUGUUUUAUAUCAAGAAGAAUGUUAGGACAAAACAGAAGGCAGCAUAGAGGCCUACCAAGCCAUACAGAUCCUGCCAUUUUUCAACAUGCAAAUGAAAAACCAGAAUCAGACGACACAAGAAAACUCACAUAUCAGAGAAUAUUGGGUAAAAUAUCAUGCCAGGGGUUUGUUCCUGAAAUCAUCCUGAGUAAGUUAAACUCAUCAAAAUCUCAGAUAGUCCUUUCAGGUAAAUGCAGAAUUGACUUUUCAAAUGACUGAACUUUUAGGUUUCAACAAAGGACUAACUACUCAAUUCUUUAAAGAUAAUAUUUUGGUAGCAGUAGUUUCAAGACUGAAUUGUCUUAUCUGGAAAAUUGCAUUACGUAGGUAUUGGACUGCUUCAGGUCUUCAAGUAAACAAAAGGCAUUAUAGAGAAGUAAAUGUGUUUUCUUAGAAUUUAAAGAAUGCAAGACAAUGUAUAUUGAUUAAUUUAAUGACCUUAAUCUAGAAAAUCGUUGAAUAUUUUUUAAAAUCAUUUUUCUUUGAGUAUGUCUAUUUUGCAUCAUGAAGCCUUUGCAGCAUUAGCUAUUUGUAUAGGUUAGGUACAAGCUGUUUAUGAAAUGUGAUUUUGUUGCUGUAAUCUCGAAUCUUUUUUAUAAGUUCACGACCUUUCCUAUUGAUGCACCAAUUCAUACAACGCUCAGUGCCUUUUCCUAUGCCUUUGACACACAAGAAGUGGUAUUGUUGGCUGUUGAUUUGAUGUGAUGAAACAGCUCAAAUGUCAACUUGUUUUAGAGAAACUGUCAGCUCAUCACCAACCAGAGUUUAACACCAAAAGAGAAUCAACCAAGAAUGAUGUAAGAGAACUGAUAGCUAAGUAAACAAAUGGUUUGUUGAAUUAUUCCUCUCAAACUCAGGCCUGUGAUACAUAUAUACCUAUUCUUGCCCUUUCACUUCAAAAAUAUGUGUGUAUAUGUAUAUAUGUGUGUAUAUAUAUACAUAAUAUGUGUU